AUGGAAAGUUUGAACGCGACAGAAUCACUGGUUCUAACCCGACAUUCUUCACUUUAUGGAGCGCUGAGGACACACUGCUUGAAAAACUUCAUCCCUAGGGUAGUUUUGAACAAACCUGCUAGCUCAGCAGCCAGUCUGUCACCAUACGCUGACAGAAACAGUGGAAGAAUGUUAUUGGUCCGGUCAAAUUUUCCCACUUUAAGUUCCCUUUUGCACCAGUUCCCUUCAACAGAAUUGCAAGCUGGAACGCCGUCACCUUCAGUUCGAUCGAUCGCCAAGAACUCUUCUCGAGGUGCCGCUGGCGAUUCCGGAGGUGUGGAACGAACCUUAUCACAACCCAAUGUCUUGUUAUCUGAUGCUCUCUCAACUCCUAGAACGCCAGCGAGACUGCCUCCCGGUGCAAAGCGUCUUGGUUUCACGGAGAUACCCACGCGCUCCAGUCCCAGAAUUCGCGCUAUAAAACAGUCCGCUUCUGACGAAACGAAUGUGACCAAAUCUCUCCGAGAUCUAUUCUCCGACAGUGAAGAAGAAUUCGCCUAG